GUUAACGAUCUAAGCACUUCAAACCCGAUAAAAGAUUCUUCUACCACCACUAGUGAUGAUUUACAGACGAAUAAAAAUGAAGUUCAAACUAAUAUAUCCCUUCAGCAAGAGAAUGAUAUUAAAGACAGUAAAAAAAACUCAUCAGCUUCAACUACACCUGCACAAGCUAAAUCUUCAACUGAUAUAAGAGAUACCUUUACCAACCUAACUGGUAAUUCAUCAGAAUCUUCCUCCGGAAAACCUUUCCCUGGCUUUGUAGAAGCUACUCUCAAAAGAAAGUCAUUUAUAGGCUUAGAAAGCAAUGAAAUAAGUUAUGCAUUAAAUUCUGAACCGAUCACAGGAGAGCUUCACAUUGAGACGGAUAAUCCGUCGCAUUUAUUUUGGGUACCUGCACAUCUUCAUCCAGAAAUAGCUCCAAAUGAAUUCAGAAAAUGGUUAAAUAAUCAUGCAACAGAUAGGUUCAAUACUGGAAUGAGCUCUUUGAGGAGGCGUAAAUCUACCUUAUCUAAGCAAUAUAUACCAACGGAAAAUGAUGAGGAUGAACAAUCAGAGAAAAAAGUGGAACCUGAAAAAAAUCGGAGUGGUUUUGACCGGAUACCAUUCGCUACAUCCGAAGAGAAAACAUCCGAAUCAACAAAAAUUAAAACAAUACGAAGGAGUCUUAGCUUAAACUUCUCUCCUUUUAUAG